GUUCUGGAUGCUCGGGACUUCUGCUCUUGGGACUUGGCCGCCGGGAUCUGCGGGUGCACGGCUUCGGAAAAAAGUUGAGAAUUUUGCCAGGUCAUUUCUGCCUGGACACAGUUAAUCAGUGUGUAUUUAGUGUGCUUCGUUGAAGCUGUCCUGCCGUGUAGAAUCAGCGUGUAUAGCCUCAGGGGUGCAUCGUGAAAACAGAACCAAAGGAAUUAUAUAGGCCUGCUUUGUGUGUGUUUUCCCACUUUAAGCUUGUUUUCAGUACACAUACUUUUGCUUUAAAAACCUGAUUGGAUUGUGGCGAGCAGACAUUUGUUCAAAGGAGGAGUAGCGACCACAACAGUACUUUUGAAGGGGGCUUGGUAAUGUGGAAAUAUUUUAAGUGCUCUUUCCGAACACUGAUUUGCUGUCUCGAUUCAGAUGUCCCUGGUAGAUUUGGGAAAGAAGCUUUUGGAAGCAGCACGAGCAGGUCAAGAUGAUGAAGUUCGUAUUUUGAUGGCAAAUGGAGCUCCUUUUACUACAGACUGGCUGGGAACCUCUCCACUUCAUCUGGCAGCACAGUAUGGACAUUAUUCUACCACAGAAGUACUACUCCGAGCUGGUGUAAGUAGGGAUGCAAGAACCAAAGUGGACCGAACGCCACUACAUAUGGCAGCUUCUGAGGGCCAUGCCAGCAUAGUGGAGGUUUUGCUUAAGCAUGGUGCUGAUGUUAAUGCAAAGGACAUGUUGAAGAUGACAGCUCUACAUUGGGCCACAGAACACAAUCAUCAAGAAGUGGUGGAACUUUUAAUCAAAUAUGGUGCUGAUGUACACACGCAAAGUAAAUUUUGUAAAACUGCAUUUGAUAUUUCAAUAGACAAUGGGAAUGAAGAUUUGGCAGAGAUAUUACAGAUUGCUAUGCAGAACCAAAUCAACACAAACCCGGAGAGUCCGGACACAGUGACGAUACAUGCCGCCACACCACAAUUUAUCAUCGGACCUGGAGGGGUGGUGAACCUAACAGGUCUGGUAUCUUCAGAAAAUUCAUCCAAGGCAACAGAUGAAACCGGCGUAUCUGCUGUUCAGUUUGGAAACUCGUCUACGUCAGUAUUAGCUACGUUAGCUGCCCUAGCUGAAGCAUCUGCUCCGCUCUCCAACUCUGCAGAAACGCCAGUAGUGGCUACGGAGGAAGUAGUUACUGCAGAAUCUGUGGAUGGUGCCAUUCAGCAAGUAGUUAGUUCAGGGGGUCAGCAAGUCAUCACAAUAGUCACAGAUGGAAUUCAGCUUGGAAAUUUGCACUCCAUUCCGACCAGUGGAAUAGGUCAGCCCAUCAUUGUGACCAUGCCAGAUGGACAACAAGUAUUAACAGUACCAGCAACCGACAUUGCUGAAGAAACUGUUAUAAGCGAAGAACCACCAGCCAAGAGACAAUGUAUCGAAAUAAUUGAAAACCGGGUGGAAUCUGCAGAAAUAGAAGAGAGAGAAGCUCUUCAGAAACAGCUGGAUGAAGCAAAUCGAGAAGCACAAAAAUAUCGACAGCAGCUUCUAAAGAAAGAACAGGAAGCAGAGGCCUACAGACAAAAAUUAGAAGCUAUGACUCGUCUUCAGACUAAUAAAGAAGCUGUCUAAUUAACUACGAACACGUAGUUUGAAUUUACUUUUGGUUAAGAAAGAACACAGUCUUGAACUGUACACCGCAGGAAGCCAGGAUAACAGAAGAGACUACGGAUUGACGAUCGGACUUAAGCCAUGAGCUCUGAAUCCUUGUAACAUAAAACUCUACUUUAGACAUUGUGAAAUGUAUUUAAAACUGAAUUCUGUAAAUAGUUUUUGUUUUUUUUACAGUUCCAAAUGAGUUAUAAAGAUUGUUGAAGAGAUCCAAAAACACAAUAAGCCACUGUUUUUGUGAAUUCUUUUUGAUUUUAGUAUGAACCUUAAUUUCUCAGAAACAGAACAGUUUUAAGGGUGAUCGUUGUUGAUUAGACCAAAUGUUAUGUAAUAAUUAUGUGGUGGACUGAUGCUGGAAUUACUCCUGUAGGUAUAAACUUCUAUAUGAAAAGAAGAUUUCUCCCAGGAAAUCUUUGUACAGCUUUAAGUUGUCUCAGAUUCUCUGAAAACAUUUUUUAGAAAGCAGAUUUUUAUAUUUGUUCAAUUUCAGCUAUACCCAAGUAGAUUUACAUGUAUAUGAAGCAAAUAUUUUUUAAACUUUCUGUUUGUACAUAUUCUGCAUGUUUUAUAAUUUCAAAAUGCAUCACUUGCAUAGGUAUUUUUCCCACAAAGAUGAUGAAAGUGAACUGGGGGAAAAAUACUUUUAUUCUGUAGGUCAUUGAAAGUUAAGUAAGCUAGCAGCUGGUUUUAUUGGAAUGACAAUGUUCUUAGAAGGAGCAGCUUACAAGAUAACUUGAAUUUGCAAACUGCAAAAUCUAUGCUUUUUUGAAAAUUUCAUAGUGGGGACGUGAAACUGUAUUCUGUGCCUUCCAUCAUGAUUUCCACAUGAAAGCACUUUAAGGCACUGGAUUUUAAGAUAAUGUUUUUGGAAUACUCAGAGCAUAUGGGUUUCUGAAAUAUUUCAUGGACUCAUUUCCCCCCAGGAACUUAUUCUUAUGGUAAAAAAAAUGCUUUUGUAUGUAGAACAAGAACUUUUUGUACUACAGUGAUGCUAGAUAUGUCUAACAUAACUUUUACUUUUCCCUGUGAAAGCUGUAUGUCUGUGCUGUGUGUGACUUGCUCUCAUCACAAUAUCAUUGAAUUCCACAAUGUAUGGACAUUAAACUCUGACAUACUGUUCAUUCUUUUUUGUAAAACAUAACUUCAAGCUCUUUUUUCUUGCUUUAUUUUUUAAUGUCUUAUGCUUUAUGAACAUGUUUAACCCUAAGACCCUUCUAGAUUACAUAUCUGUAUAAAGAAGCAAUUACCCUUAAAACUGUACUCUGGCCUACUUUUCUAUUUUACAAUUAAAUAUCUUUUCCACAUACA